AAGAAUCAGUAGUAGCCACAGACGAAGAGGAUCAUAGUGGUGGAGUGUGGAACAAUGGUUGGGUAUGCAAUCUCAUCGUUCCCAACUCUCUCGAUUAACCGUUUCGUCGUUAGCAAUGCGACGUCGUUUUCAUGCAAAGCGCAAGUUACGAAUUCCGCAACAGCAUUUCCAAAAGCAGGGCGAAGGGAGAUGUUGUUCCUUCUCACGGCAUCUACAGCGUUGACGGCGAAGGAAUCAGUGUCUAUGGCGCAGGAUAUUCCUCUGUUUGGUAUACGGAAGAGUCUGAAGAAAGCGGAAGAAAAAGCUGAGGAGAUUGUGAGGGAAGGAUUCGAAUCCGCGGAGAAAGGAUUGGAGACAGCGGAGAAGGGACUUGAGACGGCAGAACAAGGACUUGAGGCGGCGGAGAAGGGAAUAGAGACGGCGGUAGGGUUUGGGAGUUUGGCGCAGGCGGGUGUGGUGGCUGGAGCUGAGGUUUUCGGUGUUUUGGUUGCUACGGCGGUGGUGAACGGUAUUUUGGGUCCUGAAGCUCAAAAGUCAUGACUUGUUAUAGUAUAGUCUUGUUCAUGAAUAUGAAUAUGAAUAUGAAUAUUAUGAUUAGAAUUCAAUUCAAUUUUGUAUGUUUUUGUGAAAAUUGAUCAUGUAAUUGUAAUGUAAUGUAAUGUAAUAACUCUAUAAUAAUUGUAAUAAUAUGACUUCAUUUUGUGUUUAUUUAUGUGGUUAUGUGAUUAUAUAUGUGAUUUAUGAAUGCAUCUUAGAACUAUAACAAUUGGCU